UAUUCUAUGGUAUUCGAAUCUUCAUCAAAAGUCAUCCUACACCAAAAUACAUUAUAAUUGAAUAGCACGUGAAUUUUUUCAAGAAAAUUAAAUUAAAAUGUUUGGAUCGGGAGCUGCCCCAAUAUUAGUAUUAAGCCAAAAUACGAAACGUGAUUCAGGUAGAAAAGUACAGUUGGAGAAUAUUAAUGCCGGAAAGACAAUUGCCGAUGUGAUUCGAACAUGUUUAGGACCUCAAGCUAUGUUAAAAAUGUUGAUGGAUCCAAUGGGUGGAAUAGUAAUGACUAAUGAUGGUAACGCAAUUCUACGUGAAAUUACUGUGCAACAUCCCGCAGCAAAGAGUAUGAUUGAAAUUGCUCGAACACAAGAUGAAGAGGUAGGUGAUGGCACUACAUCGGUAAUUGUCUUAGCUGGAGAAAUGUUAGCUGCAGCCGAACAAUUUUUAGCACAGAACAUGCAUCCGACAGUUAUUAUUAGAGACUAUCGCCAAGCUUUAGAAGACAUGAUUCAACUUUUAGAAGGGCCAUUAAGUGUACCACUAGAUGUUAACGACCGUAAACAACUCGCUCAAGUUGUUCGUGCUUGUGUUGGAACGAAAUUUAUUGGGCGUUGGUCUGACUUAGCUGUGGAUAUAGCAUUAGAUGCCGUACAAAAGGUCACGUUAACUGAAGGUGGUCGUACUGAAGUCGACAUUAAACGUUAUGCCAAAGUCGAGAAGAUUCCUGGUGGAACAAUUGAUGAUUCAUCUGUACUUAAUGGUGUUAUGAUCAACAAAGAUGUAACACAUUCUAAAAUGAGACGAUUAAUUAAGAAUCCUCGAAUUGUGUUGUUAGAUUGCCCGUUAGAAUAUAAGAAAGGAGAAAGUCAAACAAAUGUUGAAAUUAUGGGAGAACAAGAUUUUACGCGAAUGUUAGAAUUAGAAGAGGAGCACGUUGCACGUAUUUGUGCUGACAUAAUCGCUGUUAAACCCGAUGUUGUAAUCACUGAAAAAGGCGUAAGCGAUUUAGCUCAACAUUUCUUACUAAAAGCUGGUAUCACUGCUAUUCGACGUGUGCGUAAAACUGAUAACAAUCGUAUUGCUCGUGCUUGUGGUGCAAUUGUAGUUAAUCGUACCGAAGAAUUACGUGAAUCUGAUGUUGGUACCAAAUGUGGUCUGUUCGAAGUAAAAAAAAUUGGUGAUGAAUAUUUCACAUUUAUCGUUGAAUGUCAAGAUCCAAAAGCGUGUACAAUCUUGUUACGUGGAGCCAGCAAAGAUGUACUCAAUGAAACCGAACGUAAUUUACAAGAUGCUUUACAUGUAGCUAGAAAUUUAGUAUUAUCACCACGUAUGGUGCCUGGUGGAGGUGCUAUCGAAAUGGCUGUUUCUCAAGCAUUAUCCCAAAAAUCUAAACAUGGUCCUUACAGAGCUGUUGCAACUGCGCUUGAAAUUAUUCCUAAAACAUUAGCGCAAAAUUGUGGAGCGAAUACAAUUCGUACUUUAACUUCGUUACGUGCUAAGCAUGCUUCGUACCAAGGUGACGCUGGCCCUUGCACAUGGGGUAUCGAUGGUGAAACCGGGGAAUUAGUUCAAAUGCAAGAGAAAGGUUUAUGGGAACCAUUAUCAGUUAAGUUGCAAACGUAUAAAACAGCUGUUGAAACCGCUAUUCUUUUAUUACGAAUUGAUGACAUAGUAUCUGGUAGUAAAAAGAGGGAUGGUAACAAAGAUCAACCACAAGUUCAAUCCCAGCAAGCAGCGAUUGAAGAAUAGAUAUAUUUUUCUUGUUUUCAGUAACUUAAUCAUUUAUUUUGAAAGAUUCACACUACCGCUUUAAAUUAUUAACCUUAAUUCACGUAUUAUUAAUUCAAAGCUUAUUCUUUUUAAACAUUCUGCAUUUUUUUUUCGUUACAUUUUUAUU